GAUUGUCCCCUACGUCGGUGGUUCCCUACGUCGCCCUCGGUUCGGGUACCGCGCGCAAGGCCGCAGACCUAUCACUUCUUUGGCGACAGCCGUCGGGGUAACAUCCUCGCCCUCUAUCCUCGCUCUCUCCUUAAUUCUCCCAUCCCUUCGACCCUUCGCAUCACACCGUCAGAAAUCGUUUGAUUCCCAACUUUCCACUCGAACUCGCCGCUUCCCAUUCCCAGUUUCCUAUUUCAAUCUGUCUUCCUUCGAAACGUUUGAUUUUUAUCGAUCCAUCCUCAUUUUACUUUUGUUUAUUCUUCAAUCCUGUUUGUCCGGUUUCGCGAAGAUAGAGUCCAAUCGGGCGGGGGCCGACCGUUUUCAACUUCGCGUCGCAGUGAAAGACAGGUCUCGCGAUCGUUCCGGCUUCCGAGGACGUGCAAGCGGUAUAUAAUCAGUUUAACGUUUCUCAGGUAAAACGAACUUUCGUUUCUUAAAAAAAAAAGGGGGGAACUCCUGUUAUUACUUUCGCCAUAUUCCGAGCGCGUUGUCUAUCGUCGAGUCAAGUUUUUCUCAACCUACGUGUGGUUUCGCUCGCAAUUUUCGGAAAAUGCUCUCGCGGUUCCGUUUGCGGUUCUUCUAUCUCUUUUUAUAUUUUUUUCUUCUUUUGUGUUUGCCAUUGCUCGCCGAUUGCCUUCGCGCCGUCCGCGGUCGUACGGAAGAAACGUACUCCGUUGGUUCCGCGAUUAUCGCCGGAAGGCGAUCGCAGCUGGUGCAUCAUCGCGAUGCAGCGCACGGCUGUCGCGCCCCCGGAACUUCCUCGUGCCUUAAAACCGCCGUCCAGUUUGUGACAAUAAAUUUCACUUUGAGACCUUCCUUUUUUUUACGAGAAUUUUCGAUGCUCUCCCGCGCGUUCGCGUCGUAUCUUCCGGUUUUUCUAGACUGAACCACCUCGUCGUCGUCAGCGUUCGACGAAUCGUAUCCAAUGAGCUUAUUUUCCCUCCGAGUCGAUUAUCGAUCCAACCACGAGAUUGCCUUAUCGAGAUCCAAGUCCGUCCGGGUCUUCCCGCAAGUCCUCUUCUCCCCAUCCCCCUUCGUUUCCCUCGAUCGAGGUUGAACUCGAGAAUCAACUCCGUCCCUUCCUUGUGCCUUGUCCACCAGUUUCCCGAUUUACCGCGCCCGCUUGUGACCGGGGCGGUACGUUCGUGAUCCCGAAGACACGAAGAUCCGACGGCGUGCAGUCGACGAGAGAGAGAGAGAGAGAGAGAAGAUCGUCCCUCCCCGACUACUACGUACAAUCUCCUAGAAGCAUCCUCCGUUUUCCCUCUGUGCCGUGACUCGCGCUGAAAAUCACGGGCGCGACGAAUCCGUCCGAGAAGAGAAUUCUCCCCCCUUCCCCGAGAAGCGCGAUCGAGUGACACCAUCGCACGAUGACACCGGCGCGUCGAGUGAUUCUGGAGGUUUUCGCGCACGUAGAAGAUCACCCCAGGCGAUCGCAAUGGCCACGCUAUCUUUACGCAUCUCUAUACCAGAGAAGAAUGCCACCAAGAUGAUGCAGUUUGAUCCUAGCACGUCAGUAUACGAUGCCUGUCGUAUCAUUAGAGAAAAACUCCCCGAGGCUAGCAACAUGGGUCAACCAAAAGAUUACGGCUUGUUUCUCGCUGAUGAAGACGUGAAAAAGGGAGUAUGGCUCGAGCCCGGGCGAAAUCUGGACUACUACAUCCUGAGGAACGGAGAUCUGCUCGAGUAUCGUCGUAAACUCCGUACACUGCGCGUUCGUAUGUUGGAUGGAACGUUGAAAACUAUGUUGGUAGACGAUAGUCAACCUGUGGCCAAUCUCAUGGUAGUGAUAUGUACGAAGAUAGGUAUCACGAAUCACGAUGAAUAUUCUUUAGUACGUGAGCUAGUGGAAGACGAAAACGAAAAUCAGAAACCUGGAAAUUUUGGCACUCUCACAUUAAAGAGAAAGAAAGAAGAGAAGGGCGAAAGGGACGCUAAAAUGGAACAGUUGAGAAAAAAGUUAAAAACUGAUGACGAAGUGAAUUGGAUAGAUCCAAGUAAGACUUUGCGCGAACAAGGUAUAGAUGAAUCCGAAACCGUACUGUUGAGGAGGAAAUUCUUUUUCUCCGAUCAAAAUAUCGACAGUCGCGAUCCUGUACAACUGUCGCUAUUGUAUGUGCAAGCGCGAGAUGCGAUUCUGGAUGGUACGCAUCCAAUUACGCAGGAAAAGGCUUGUAUUUUCGCCGGAAUCCAGUGUCAAAUACAGUUUGGCGAUUACAAGGAGGAGAAACAUAAACCGGGUUUCCUAGAUCUUAAGGAAUUUCUGCCGCAGUCGUACGUGAAAGUGAAAGGUAUCGAAAAGAAGGUCUUCGCGGAACACAAGAAACACAUUGGACUUUCGGAACUAGAAGCCAAAGUUUUGUACACGAAAACCGCCAGAUCGCUGAAUACGUACGGCGUCACGUUCUUCUUAGUGAAGGAGAAGAUGAAGGGUAAGAACAAGUUGGUGCCACGUCUACUUGGAGUGACAAAAGAUUCGGUCCUACGACUUGACGAGAAGACGAAGGAGAUUCUAAAGACGUGGCCGUUGACGACCGUACGACGUUGGGGCGCCUCGCCGAACACCUUUACUCUCGACUUUGGCGACUAUUCCGACCAAUAUUACAGUGUACAGACCACCGAAGCAGAACAGAUACUGCAGCUAAUCGCCGGUUACAUUGAUAUUAUUCUAAAAAAGCAGAAAGCGAAGGAUCACUUUGGUAUCGAGGGAGACGAGGGAUCCACCAUGGUGGAGGAUAGCGUGUCGCCACUAAAAGCCACUAUCAUGCAACAUGAGACUAGCAACGUUGGCAAAGGAAAUGUAGAAGCUGUCUCAGUCGCAAUACCAGCUGUUAUGAGAGCCGGAGGAGAUGCUUUCAACGGAAAUCAUUCUUUAAACGAACAGAUUUACAGUAUCGAGGACUCGAUCGGAAAUGUCAAUAAUUGUAUAUAUAGCCAUAGAGCUAGAGUGCAUGGUGUGAUUUGUAGGGGCUCGACCAUAUGGAACCGGUCACAUAGGUGGUGCCCAAUACACGACUAUCAGUGGGCAGGUGAACAUCGCUCAUGCUCCACCUAUGGCGCCUUCUAUUGCGGACACAGAGUCCAACAAACUAAGGUGACAUCCGUCCUAACUGAACCGCAACGUGCCUUAUUAUCGACUAUCACCGCCGGUCACGAAGUGAUACACAUCGCCGAAACGGAAUUGAUUACAAAGGCUCAGUUACCUGAACUCGGCACAGAUCCGGCGUCUCUAAGAUGGAUCGAGCAGACGAUCGACACCCACAAACAGAAUGUGGGCUCGCAAAUUGCGGCGAUGAACGCUGCAACCGCCCAGGUGGUAACAUUGACUUCCGGACCAGCGGACGACGUCGAUCAUACUGCAGUGGGAGCGGCGAUUACCACAAUCGCCACAAAUUUGCCAGAGAUGACGAAGGGCGUACGGAUGAUAGCUGCUCUCAUGGACGAUGAGUCGUCUGGUGAGCGACUGUUAGACGCCGCCAGAAAACUGUGUUCUGCGUUCUCGGAUCUGCUAAAGGCUACAGAACCGGAGACCAAGGAGCCUUUUUACAUAACGUCUACGCUGUAUGGACAAUAUCCGCGGCAAAAUCUACUGAAUGCAGCGUCGCGAGUUGGUGAAGCGUCACAUCAAGUAUUAACGACUAUUGGUGAAGAGGACGACUCGAAUCGCGAAUUGCAAGACAUGUUACUCGCACUUGCUAAGGCCGUGGCUAAUACUACUGCUGCUCUGGUAUUGAAAGCGAAGAACAUAGCAGCGACGUGCGAGGACUCUGCCACGCAGAACAGGGUGAUAUCAGCCGCGACGCAAUGCGCGCUGGCUACGUCUCAACUUGUAGCUUGCGCCAAGGUUGUGGCGCCGACCUUACAUUCACCCGCCUGUCAGACGCAAUUGAUGAACGCUGUUCGCGAAGUGACCAAAGCUGUGGAGCGCCUGGUUCAAGUCUGCAACGAGACGUGCAGCGAUGAUAACUUGCUGAAGGAAUUGAGCCUUGCCGCCGCCGAAGUCAGUCGCACCUUGAACGAUCUUCUCAAUCACAUCAAGACCGCCACUAGAGAACGCGCUAAGGAAUCUAUCCAGGAGGGUGCGGUGGAAACUAUCUUAGUUGCAACAGACAAACUAUUCGCUAGCACCGGUGAUGCCGGCGAAAUGGUACGACAGGCUAGAGUGGUCGGUCAAGCUACUGCGCAGUUGAUUCAGAGUAUCAAGGGCGAGGCGGAGAGACAGACGGACUCCGAGCAACAACAGCGUUUGCUGGCUGCGGCGAAACUACUCGCUGAUGCCACCGCUAAGAUGGUUGAAGCGGCGCGGCAGUGCGCUAGCAGUCCGCACGACGCCAAGAUGCAGGAUCAACUGCGCCAAGCAGCGGAAGAAUUGCGAGCUGUGACAACAGCGGCAGCAACCCCCGCGUUACGUAGAAAACUUAUCACACGCCUAGAGGUGUGCGCUAAACAGGCCGCGUCUACGGCUACGCAAUGUAUCGCGGCGUCUUCUGGUACUGGACAUCACAACACUAACCUGGCCAGCCAGGAGGAACUCAACAUGGAAUGUCGCAUGAUGGCACAACAGAUUCAAGACCUCGUAUCGGGAGUGAAGGGUACUCAGAUGCAGCCGGAUAAUCCUACAGCACAGUUGAAUUUAAUAAAUGCUUCCGAGCAAUUUCUGCAACCGGGCACCGCCGUGGUGAAGGCGAUAAGAGCCGUUUUGCCGACGGUCACCGAUCAGGCAUCCGCCAUGCAGCUGAACAACACCUCGCAGCAAUUAGGAUCAUCGUUGGCGGACCUUCGAUCGGCGGUGACGCGUGCGAGAGAAGCCUGCGGUGGAUUGGAACUCGACGCCGCGGAGGAACUAAUUAAUAGUCUAAAAGAUGAGAUAGGUGAGUUCUACCGCGCCGUCGAAGCUGCUUCGUUGAGACCGUUACCGGAAGAAACGACGGAAUCAACUGCGCUGCGACUCGGUGCCACGUCGAAGAAUGUUGGAUUCGCUAUGGCGCAGCUAUUAUCUGCCGCCAAACAGGGCAAUGAGAAUUACACCGGAAGUGCCGCUAGAGAAACCGCAUCGGCAUUGAAAGAUCUUACUUAUGCCGUGCGCGGUGUGGCCGCCACGUCCAAUCAGCCAGAGACGCAGAAGAAGGUACUGAUGACGGCAGAUGAUGUAAUUAUACGAUCGCUACGUCUAGUGAAGGAAGCGCGACGUGUACUGAAGAGUCCUGACGAUCCUGAGAACGAGGUCAAUCUGGCUGCAGUCGCCAAGGACGUUUCUAAUUCGUUGAACAAAUGCGUGUCUUGUCUGCCCGGACAAAGAGACGUUGACGUAGCGAUACGCCACAUCGAUGAUAUGACUCAAGUGCUCAACAUGAAUGAAUUCCCGCAAACGAGCAAGAGUUAUGGGCAAUUGCAGAGCGAUCUCAACAAUGCUGCCGCCAAUUUGAACGAUGCGUCGUCAAACGUAGUGUCGUCCGUUCGUUCACCCGUGCAACUUGCAAGCUCGUCGAAACAGUUUACCAAUGCUUUCAGCGAUCUGUUGGGCGUGGGUAUGGAAAUGGCGAGUCAGACGACAAUCGAAACCCGUACUCAGGUGGUAGUAUCAUUGAAGAACGUUAGCAUGACUUCCAGCAAGCUUCUCAUGACCGCCAAAUCGAUCGCGGCCGAUCCCACUGCACCAAAUGCAAAGAAUCAACUCUCGGCGGCAGCUCGCGCGGUCACUGAUUCUAUAAACUACCUGGUGGAUGUCUGCACCUCGGCGGCGCCCGGGCAGAAUGAAUGCGACAAUGCCAUCAGAAACAUUCAAUCUAUGCGAUCUCUAUUGGACAAUCCAAGCGAACCCAUUUCUGAUGCUUCUUAUUUCGAAUGCUUAGAGACCGUCAUGGAAAAGAGCAAGAGCCUCGGCGACGGUAUGACUGGCAUCGCAAACCAUGCGAAAAAAUCAGAACACGAACAGUUUUCUGUCGCGGUUCGCGGAGUCUCUUCUUCGAUUUGCGGUUUAAUCGAGGCAGCUGCUCAGGCAGCCUAUCUAGCAGGCGUGAGCGAUCCCACAUCGGUAGCGGGCAAACCGGGUCUCGUAGAUCAAGCGCAAUUCCUGCGAGCAGCACAGGCCAUUCACAGUGGUUGCCAGAGCCUCGGCAAUCCUACCAGCACGCAACAGCAAGUGCUCUCUGCCGCUACUAUGAUCGCCAAGCAUACUAGCGCGCUCUGCAAUGCCUGUAGACUUGCGUCUAGCAAGACCAGCAAUCCAGUUGCCAAACGACAUUUCGUCCAGUCCGCCAAGGAUGUUGCUAAUUCAACGGCGUGCCUUGUCAAAGAAAUCAAAGCGCUCGAUCAGAAUUAUUCCGAUAUCAACCGCGAGAAGUGCGCAGAAGCCACGAAACCGUUACUCGAAGCAGUCGAUAAUCUCUGCACGUUCGCGGGUUCUCCCGAAUUUGCAAGUCAGCCGGCCAAGAUAUCCAUUGCGGCUAGAGCCGCCCAAGAACCGAUCACUAGCGCCGGUAAGUCAAUUAUCGAUGGCUCGUGCGCCAUGGUACUUGCGGCCAAGAGUCUCGCUGUUAGUCCGAAGGAUCCGCCGACUUGGCAGCUAUUAGCCAAUCACAGCAAGAGCGUCAGCGAUUCAAUUAAAUCUCUGGUAGCAUCUAUCCGUGAUAAGGCGCCCGGUCAGAAGGAGUGUGACGCCGCAAUCGAGAAAUUAUCAGCGCGAAUACGCGAACUCGACGCAGUUUCGCUCAGCGCGGUCUCACAGGCGUUGAUGCCGCGCCGUGAGAACACCGUGCAAGGAUUUACGGAUCAGAUGGAGAGUAGCGCGAGCGAGCUGCGCGAGAAACUGGAACCGGUACGUACCGCUGCUAAAUACGAGGCGGAAAACGUUGGACAUGCCGUCAAUCAGAUCGCCCUUUACUCGGAACCGCUCGUCUCCGGCGCAAUUGGCGCCGCAUCUAAUAUGGUGCACUCAAAACAGCAAAUGGUACUGUUGGAUCAGACGAAGACCGUAGCCGAGUCCGCGCUACAAUUAAUUUAUGUCACAAAGGAAUCCGGUGGCAACCCGAAGGCUGUCGCGCUGCAUACCGAAGUGGACGAAACCGUUGAGUCCACCAAGGAUGCGCUUCAGGAACUACAGAACACCUUGGAGACAAUAUCAACGUCAGCGGGCAUCGUUACCGGCCUGAUCGACACGAUUUCUCGGGCGAUGGUGAGAUUAGAGGAUCAUCGUAUGUCUACUAUUGACACUGUGGAUUCUUACGUGGAUUAUCAAACAAGAAUGGUUGAAGCUGCCAAAGAGAUCGCUCGGUUGGCGCAAGAAAUGUCAACCAAAUCGAGCACUGAUGUAGCCAGAUUGGGACCUCUAGCAGUCGAUAUAUCACACAAGUACACUCAACUCGCUCGCGAUACCUCCGGAGCGUCCGCGGCUGCCUCUAAUGCUGAUGUAUCCGCCAGACUUCGCACCGGCGUCCAGGAACUCGGUCGAGCCUGCGCAGACAUUGUGCGCGCCGCCGGUAUAUGCCAAAUGUCACCCGGUGACGCGUACGCCCAACGAGAGGUCGCGGAGCAUAGUAAAAUCGUGACCGAGAAGGUUUCGCAGGUACUGGCCGCAUUACAAGCGGGCUCGCGUGGCACUCAAGCGUGCAUCAAUGCGGCCAGCACAGUUUCCGGCAUCAUCGGUGACCUCGAUACUACCAUCAUGUUUGCCACCGCCGGUACGCUACACGCCGAGAACGAGGGUGACACGUUCGCCGAUCAUCGCGAAAAUAUACUGCAGACUGCGAAGGCCUUGGUGGAGGACACGAAGACACUGGUAGCUGGAGCGGCAUCCUCGCAAGAACAAUUGGCUGUCGCGGCGCAGAACGCGGUAUCGACGAUCGUUCAGCUUGCCGAAGUCGUCAAGUACGGUGCGGCCAGUCUGGGCAGUCAGAAUCCGGAGGCCCAAGUGAUGCUUAUAAACGCAGUGAAGGACGUCGCAUCUGCACUUGGCGAUCUCAUUCAUGCCACCAAGGCCGCCAGUGGAAAGCCGAUCAAUGAUCCUAGUAUGGCGCAUUUGAAAGAUUCCGCCAAGGUAAUGGUGACCAACGUAACGUCACUGCUGAAGACAGUGAAGGCCGUGGAGGACGAGCACACGCGCGGUACCAGGGCGUUGGAGUCCACAAUCGAGGCUAUAGCUCAAGAGAUCCGAGCGCUCAGCAGCUCGGAGACGCUGAGAAGCAACGUGACGCCGGAGGAUCUUGUGCGCUGCACAAAGAGCAUCACCAUAUCGACGGCGAAGGCGGUCGCCGCUGGCAACAGCUGCAAGCAAGACGACAUAAUCGCCGCCGCCAAUAUGGGCAGGAAAGCCAUCAGCGACAUGCUGGCCAUCUGCAAAGGCGCAGCCCACAAUUGCGCUGAAACUACCGAGCUGUGCGAGCGUACUCUUCAGGCGGGACACGAUGUCGCCAUUAAUUAUAGAGAACUGCUUCAGGCUAUUUUGCAGAUAGCGUCGAGGUCGGGUGACGCCAAGCACACUUUGCCAGUGAUCUCGCGCAAGAUUGCGCAGAGCGUAACGGAGCUGGUGGCGGUAGCGGAACUAUUGAAAGGCACCGACUGGGUCGAUCCUGACGAUCCUACCGUGAUCGCGGAAAACGAGUUACUCGGUGCGGCUGCCAGUAUCGACGCAGCUGCCAAGAAGUUGGCCAGUUUGAGACCAAGGAGAAGUAUCCAGGAGGCUAACGAAGACAUGAACUUUGACGAGAUGAUUCUCGAAGCCGCCAAAUCGAUCGCCGCCGCCACCUCGGCGCUGAUAAAGGCUGCCAGUGCCGCUCAACGAGAACUCAUCGCGACCGGCAAAGUGUCACGCACGCCACUGACAAGCUCUGACGACGGCCAAUGGUCCGAAGGUUUGAUUUCGGCUGCUCGAAUGGUGGCAGCUGCUACCCACAGUCUCGUGGAAUCCGCGAACGCUCUCGUUCAAGGAGUAAGCUCCGAAGAAAAGUUGAUUUCCAGCGCUAAGCAGGUUGCCAGCAGCACGGCGCAACUGUUGGUCGCUUGCAAGGUCAAGGCCGACCCUGACAGCGAGAGCACGAAACGUUUACAAGCGGCUGGUAACGCCGUAAAACGUGCUACCGAUAAUCUCGUACGUGCUGCGCAACAGGCUAUCCAACAAGAGGAGGACAGAUCAUUGGUCCUAAAUCGCCGCAUGGUGGGCGGUAUCGCGCAGGAAAUCGACGCACGCUCGGAGGUUUUACGAAUUGAGCGCGAGCUGGAAGAGGCUCGUGGCAGGCUGACCGCGAUUCGUCUAGCCAAGUACAAAAAUCGACCGGAUCUAGCCGACGGAGAUGGCGACGUAGUGGGCGAUCAGAGUGGUUACCAGAGCUAUACCACCCGAUACGAAACGAGGGCGUACGAGCCGCCUACUACGACCUCACCCAUUCAGACGAUGAAUCAUACUCUGGACCAGUUGCAGUCCACCACACAACACAUCAGUCACCAGUUUACUGAUCAGCAGAGUCUGGUGAGUCCGGAAAAAGUUCAUUCGACGCAGAGCACUCUCGAGAGAAAAUUGAAGGAUAGUCAGUACCGAUCUACCAUGGAUCAGUAUGGAUCCCUGGACAGAAAGUACAUUGUCGAUAGUUAUCAGGACAGGAAUCCAUACAUCGUCACCGAGAAGAAGAUCAUAACGGAUAAUUCACCCGGCCAGUACAGUUCGAUCGAGCGAAGGAUCAAUCAAGAGAGUUUUGCUGCGGAGAGAAAACACACGGACGGAAUCGCCUCGUAUCCGCCGCCUCAGCACAUCUCGUACUCGACCAAGUCCCCGAUCCCCAAGACUAUUCAGGAGCAAAUUGCCGAGGACCGAAAGUCCCCACAGGAUCAGCUAAAGUAUCCGACUGAUCGGUUCUCUAGCGUCAGUCCAAUGAGCACGUUUCGUUCCGAAAAACAGAUAGACACUCAGCGAUUCAGCGGUGGUAUGCCGCAACAUCAGACGUUCAAGAAUGUGGAGAGUAAGAUCAUUCCCGGCGGCAAAAUCGAGACAAUCACAACGAAGGUAUACACGUCCACACCCGGUAAGAGUACCAGCUGCUCCAACUUCGAGAGUACCGAGGAGACCAAGCAGUAUUUAUCUGGUAAUGACCUGUCAACGUUCAAGGGCAACGACUCUAUUGAGGAGCGCACGACGAAGCAAUCGAUGCACAAAGUUACAGAGAAGAAAACCGUCACUAUGACGACGUCGAGUCGGCAGGAGUCCAACACGAAGACUUUUCGUUACGAAGAUAAACAAUGAAAACCGAAGAUAAGCGAGGUUCGCUGCGUACACUCGAAGCGGUAAUUUCGUCCAAAAAUAAUCUUAGAAAAGUGACCUGUCUAAAUUCGAAUAGUCUAAAGAGUGCAGUUUAUUAAAAACGAUAUAAGGAACAGAUAAAAUUAUUUUAGUAUAAUAGAUGAGUUUUCUCAACUGAAAUCAACGACGUAUCGAGCUUUUGAGAUUGAAUAAGAAUAAUGCGAUGAUUGUUCUUGACGAGUAACGACGAACUUUCGCGGCGAAAGUCUUGCUAACUUUGCCGGAAACGAUCCCUGUUAUGCGUUAAGAGAGCGUAUAAUUUACGCAUUUCGACGCUUCGAAAUGAGGAGGAACGAUAACGCGGCAGAGUUAUUAUUAGCGAAACGAUAGAAAGUGCCCUUAGAUAGAUGUAACAUUCGUGCUUUCGAUCAGUAGCCUUACGAACGUAUUUAAUCGCGAAUGUUUGCGACCGUAAGCCAUGAAUCGUUUUUGUCGAUAGCCAUACAACCGGAUCUUACGACGCGAGUCGAUUGCACAUAAUAUUACGGCGAAUGUAGGAGAACGCUGACUUGAUUUUCGUAUAUUUGCACAGUAAUUUUUUGUUUUUUGUUUUUUUUCUCUCUCUUUGCUUAUACAGCUCGAAGUUGAUAGAGAAGAAUAAUUAUGCGCUUGGUUUAAUGUAGAGUUAAUUUUAUGUUUAUUCAUUUACGGUUAAGAACCACCGGAUUAACAAGAGAAGCAACAUAUCAUUUAAUUUUAUUAAUUUUUUCGAUGUGUCGCGCGGUGCCGAAACAGGCACGGCGACGCGCCAUUGCUAUUAACAUUUUCCGUUUUCUCAAUUAACCCUUCCCUUCUUCCUUCCGGUUUCAUCGCGUUUCUAUUCUGAGAAUUCUUUACACUGUCGCGAAAUCCUGACUCUUUUGUCUUUGAUCUUUUCGUUUCUUUUAGCGCGAUUCUACAUACUGUUAAUCUGCAGGCGGUAGCUCGUCCUCGAAUUUAAUUUAUUACGGGGAGAGAGGAGGUUUAUAUUGAUUAAAUUGAAUGUUGUGUUUGCGAAUUUAUUUCAGGGAAAGAAUACAGUUUAGCCGUAUUCUUUCUGGUAUUUACUACUAUAUUUUUAAUGUAGAAAAUUAAUUUGUAAUUUAAAAUUUAUUAAAAAUAUAUACGAGUUUUCCGUCAUUAAAGAUUUUCAAGUUUUGCCACUAUUCCGUGAUGCAAUCUGUUAUUCUUUAUCUAGUUUUUCUUAGGAUACUUUGCUCUAUAGAUUAAAACUAAAAUAGAAAAAUGUUUAAAAUUAUUAUUAUUAUUAAAUAUUGUUGCAAAACAAUAAAAUAAUAAGGUUAAUUUUUACAUGAAAAUUUUAGUGUUACAUUUUUGUUACUAUGUAAGUUUUGUUACAAAUUAUUUACAAAUUAUUUACAAAUUAUUUACAAAUUUUCUACAUCUCAAAUAUACUAGUAAAUAAAACCGAAACGAAAAACUGCGUUUAUUCUUUUCCCUGAAAUAAAUUUGCAAAAUUUGUCUCCAAUUUAUCCAUGCAAAUCUUUUUCUUUAAAUGAAUUUACUAAUGUAAACUCAUAUUUUCAAGUCCAGCUAAGCCUUUUUUAGCGAUCAAUCAGUGCAAUUAUUAUUUGCCUGAAGUAGAUUAUUCAGAGUGGAUACGCUAUUAUACAGAAAUGUCCCUUAGCCCUUAGUAUGUAUAUGAAAUUCAGGGAAUUCCUACAUCAUGUCUAACGCGAUUGCCCAACGAGAAAAAGUGCCUAUCGAGCUGCCAGCGAGCUGCCGCUUCCUUCAUUUGAAUGAAUUUAGCCGGUAUGUUAGCUUCAUAAAGUAAGAAUAUUAUACUUUAUGGUUGGCUUAAAUUACGUAAGUUACGUAAUUUCAAAAUAUUUCAUUGAAAUGAUUAGCAAAUCUUUUCAAUUACACUGCAAAAUUCUUUAUAAAGGUUCUAAAUACAAACGAUUUUAUACAAGAACUUCGUUUAAUUUAUUUACGUUACUUUAGGCAGUACAAAAAUAAUUAACUAAGAUUAUUUAGUUGACUAUUCACCUUUAACUAAAAAUUAAAAUAUACAUCAGAUCUUUACACAAAAUGCAAAUAAUUUCGUAAGGAAAUUGUUUACAAAAUUGACUAUUGUCGGCUAAAUUCAAUCGAAUGCUUUCUCUCCUAAUUAUGCUCGUAGUACGAUCUUAAGAAGUCUCUAAUAUUACCAAAAAUUGAAUGCUUUACUAAUGUGUUUAAUGGAGCGUGUGUGGACGAGUGUGUCUGCCGAAUAAACGGCCAAUGUCGAGUUCUUCCAAAGCAAUGCGCACAUGCUAUAUUUCACUACCGUAUACUUUUAAUUAAAAGGAAGAUCUCCCAUUGCGAGCCUGUAUAUCUCAGAUUUGCGUAAAUUGAGAUCUUAAUAAUAACUCAAUAAUCAGCCGAGUCAAUCAACCUGAUCGAUCUCUUUCAUUUCAAUUGAUUCUACUAAUCGACUUCUGCGUCUGUGAAUCAUAAACAAACAGUUAUUUUUGAAUAAUUUUCUUGGAUUCACGCGAGACUAUAUCGGCGACUGUAUUUGAAGAGAUUAAUCGAAAAUAGUGCGCAUUGCGAUCAGUUGUGUGGAUUUUUGUAUCUUGUAGACGAAUGUGCCAUGAUAUAAUACAACAAAUGUAUCGCAAGAUGACGAAUUAUAUAUACAAAUAUAUAUAAAGAUAUAUAUACAUAGAUAUAUUAUAUAUUGCAUAUAUACACAAGAAAUGCAGCGAUCUUUAUGAAUGUAAUAAUGUUUCGCAUUGUUUUAAUGAUUUAUAUUAUAUAGAGGGUAUUUUUGUAAUAGUUGUUCUGUAAUUGUCUCUUACACCUACAUAGAAAUAUGUUGUAGAUCUAUUUUUCACGGAAUGUUACUAGUUUACGACGUUAUAUUGACAUUAUAUAAUGUUUUUACUUAUUAUUAUUAAUCUUGAUUACGCGACGAAAGAUAUUAUUACGGUUAUUAUAUGAUUUGUAUUAUUAAUCUCUUUUGCCAUUAUUAAAAUCCAAAUAUUUAUACAGACGUAACCAAUAAAGAGUUUCUAACA